AUGUCGUUGAUUGACUUCACCCUAUUUGCACCUACAAUUGCUGAAGCUACUUUAAUCGGUUCGUUUUCUGAACGGAAAGAUAUUCCAAUGUCCUUUGAACAUGGAACAUUUCAUUGUUCGGCAGAAAUUUCUGAUGGCGAUCAUGAAUAUAAAUUUCAUAUUCGACAUCAUAAUGAAGAUAUUUGGAUAGAUGUUACUGAUCCAUACGUUACUAAAUACGAUCCAACAAGAAGUACAGGCAUAAUAACUAUAAAAAAUGGAAAAAAAAUAUUAGAUGAAUAUUCAUGA